UAUUUAAAGGGAGUAUAAACAAACAAAAUUGGGUCAGUGACUGUCUGCACACAGAGAGACUCAGUCGUUCAGUAGAGAAGCCAGUUAGUUACUCUUAUAACUCCGCUCCACCUGUUCCAAAGUUGAAUCUUUGAAAAAACCCAGAACUCAGAUUCACCAUAGGACUCUUAGAAUCAUCAUCACCAUCGCCAUCCUUUUCCUUUUUGGGUGUAAAUGAACUGAGGAAGUUUUCUGGUUCAAGCAAAAUGGCAAUGGAUUCUUUGCUUCUGGGCUCCUUCUCCACUCCUUCAUUACUGACAAAAGGUGGGAAUAACUGGAGAAGGGGCAAUCUCAAGAAAUUUAACUUUUCAGGUUCAUAUGCGGCAUACAACGUAUCAAGGUUUAGAGCUUGGAAUGUGAGAGAAAAACAUUGCUGUACUGGGUUACAACCCAGUUCAUUGAAGCAUUGCACGAAAGGUAUUGAAACAUCUAUAUCCUACCAGAGACCAAAUAAAAGAUUCCUGGUUAAUGCUGCUGAUGGACGACCUCUUGAAUCGGAGCCAAAAAAUGUUUUGAACUCUGUUAAAGAUUCCUUAGAUGCUUUCUAUAGGUUUUCUCGACCACAUACAGUCAUAGGCACGGCAUUGAGCAUAGUCUCAGUUUCCCUACUUGCAGUUGAGAAGCUUACAGACUUUUCUCCAUUAUUUUUUGCUGGGAUGCUGGAGGCUGUUGCAGCUGCCCUCUUAAUGAACAUUUACAUUGUUGGUUUGAAUCAGUUGUAUGAUAUUGAUAUAGACAAGGUUAACAAGCCAUAUCUUCCGUUGGCGUCAGGGGAAUAUUCAAUUCAAACUGGUGUCAUGAUUGUCACAUCCUUUUCUGUUCUGAGUUUUGGCCUUGGAUGGAUUGUUGGCUCAUGGCCAUUAUUUUGGGCCCUAUUCAUCAGUUUUGCAUUGGGAACUGCUUAUUCAAUCAAUGUGCCCCUUUUGAGAUGGAAGAGAUUUGCUUUAGUUGCAGCAAUGUGCAUUCUCGCAGUUCGAGCAGUGAUUGUUCAACUAGCUUUUUUUCUUCACAUGCAGACCCAUGUCUUUAAAAGGCCAGCUGCCUUCUCAAGGCCUCUCAUCUUUGCAACUGCAUUUAUGAGCUUCUUCUCAGUUGUUAUAGCAUUAUUUAAGGAUAUACCUGAUAUUGAUGGAGACAGAAUUUAUGGCAUCCGAUCUUUUACAGUGCGCUUGGGUCAAAAGCGGGUGUUUUGGAUAUGCAUUUCACUACUUGAAAUUGCUUAUACAGUUGCACUUUUAGUAGGAGCAUCAUCUGGCUUCUUGUGGAGCAAAGUCAUUACGGUAUUGGGACACACAAUUUUGGCUUCAAUACUCUGGACUAAUGCCAAGUCAGUUGAUUUGAGCAGCAAAGCUGCAAUAACAUCGUUUUACAUGUUCAUAUGGAAGUUAUUCUAUGCUGAGUAUCUACUUAUACCACUGGUGAGAUGAAGAUGGAAAUACAUCGUGAUGAGCUAGGACUUUUUUUUUUUAGAAAGAAUAAGAAAAAUUAUUUCAUGGUGGAUAUAAAUUGGCUGAUCUAUAAAAUGAUGUAUGAAGGAACCUUGUGUAGUGAUAAGUGUUUCAUCUAUGAAGUUAAUUUAGAUAUUGAUAAAUUACUUUGUGAUGAAGAAGGUAAAUUUAGGAUCCUUAUAUCAUGCAUUUAAUAAUAAGAGAUCCAUGGUCUGCCA